CUUGACGGUGAUUGGUUACAUUCAGUGACAUAGGCAAACUGACAAAAAUCGCUGUCAGAACAAAAAACAAGAAGCCAGAGGAGGAAGCAGAAGAGAAUAAUCUCCUGUUUACUUUUUCCCAUUCUGUUGAGUCUUAGUUCUACCUAAUUAUAGACGAUGGCUCAGUGGAACCAGCUUCAGAUGCUGGACUCCAAGUACCUGGAGCAGGUGGAUCUGCUGUACGAUGACUCGUUCCCCAUGGACAUCAGAGCGUACCUGAGCAAGUGGAUCGAGAGCAUCGACUGGGACUUGGUGAUGGAUCAAGAAUCAUUAGCCAUCGUCCGCUUUCAUGAGCUCCUGGCCCAGCUUGACGACCAACACAGCCGCUUUUCUCUGGAGAACAACUUCCUGCAGCAACACACUUGCCGCAAGAUCAAGCGCAAUCUGCAGGAUAAAUUCCAGGACGACCCGGUGCACAUGGCCGUGGUCAUUUCAAAGAACCUCAAAGAUGAGCGUGCGAUCCUGGCAUGCGCAAAGAGCACCAUGGAGGGUGAAGGGAUGGUGUCAGGCAUGGUGGUGGAGAAGCAGAAGCUGGAUGGCAAAAUGAAGGAGAUGAAGGAAAGAGCUCAGUUGGCAGAUCAAACCAUCAAAAACCUGGAAGAUCAGCAGGAUGAAUACGACUUCAAGUUCAACACUCUGAGGAACCGAGAGAACGAACUUCAUGACAUGAUGCCCAAGGAAGUGGAGAAGGAGAAGAUGAUCAUCAUGAAAAUGUGCUUGGAUCUGAAAACAAAACGACAGGACGUGAUGGUCCAGCUGACGGAGCUCCUGAAUGUGACUCACGCGCUGGUGUCGGACCUGAUCUCCGAGGAGCUGCCCGAGUGGAAGCGCCGGCAGCAGAUUGCCUGCAUCGGCGGCCCGCCCAACGCCUGCCUGGAUCAGCUGCAGAACUGGUUCACUACGGCAGCAGAGACCCUCCAACAGUUUUGCCAGCAUCUCAAGAAGCUGCAAGAGCUGGAGCAGAAGUUCACGUACGAAAACGACCCAAUCACCCUGAAGAAAGACUUACUGGAGGCCCGAGGCCUGGAGCUGCUGAAGAACCUCUUCUCCAACGCUUUGGUUGUGGAGCGGCAGCCCUGCAUGCCCACCUACCCUCAGAGGCCGCUGGUGCUGAAAACCGCCAUUCAGUUUACGGUCAAACUACGGUUCCUGGUAAAGUUGCCCGAGUUUAACUACCAGCUCAAAGUCAAGGCAGUCUUCGACAAGGAUGUGACAGACAAGAAAGGGUUCCGCAGGUUCAACAUCUUGGGAACAAACACUAAAGUCAUAAACAUGGAGGAGUCCAAUGGCAGCCUGGCAGCAGAGUUCAGACAUCUGCAAUUAAAAGAACAGAAAGUUGCAGGAAACCGAACCAGUGAGGCUCCAUUGAUCGUCACAAAGGAGCUUCACUCGCUGAGCUUUGAGUCGGAGCUGCAGCUCAGUCAAUCCGGAACCAGGAUCAAGCUGGAGGCGCUGUCGCUGCCUGUGGUGGUGAUCUCCAACGUGUGCCAGCUCCCCAGCGGCUGGGCCUCCAUCCUGUGGUACAACAUGCUCACCAGUGAACCCAAGAACCUGCAGUUCUUCCUGUCUCCCCCGGCAGCCAAAUGGUCCGAGUUGUCCGAAGUUCUGGGCUGGCAGUUCUCCUCUGUCACCAAGCGAGGCCUGAACCAGGAGCAGCUCAACAUGCUGGCUGACAAGCUGCUGGGUCCCAAAGCACAGAGGAACCCAGACGGUCUAGUUCCUUGGAACAAGUUCUGCAAGCCUCAAAAUGCCAACGAGAAAGGCUUUUCCUUCUGGUUGUGGAUCGAAGGCAUCCUGGAUUUGAUUAAGCGACACUUGCUUUUCCUCUGGAACGACGGAUUCAUCCUGGGCUUCAUAAGCAAGGAGCGCGAGAAGGCCCUGCUGAGCGACAAGUGCCCGGGGACCUUCUUGCUCAGGUUCAGCGAGAGCAGCAAAGAAGGCGCCAUUACCUUCACAUGGGUCGAACAUGACAUACACAGCAAUCCCAUCUUCCACUCGGUGGAGCCGUACACAAAGAAAGAGCUGACUGCCGUUUCGCUGGCCGACAUCAUCCGGACUUACAAGGUGAUGGCGACCGACGACAUCCCCGACAACCCGCUGCGCUUCCUCUACCCCAACAUCCCCAAAGACGUGGCCUUUAAGAAGUACUACACCAAAAACUCUGAGUCUCCAGAGCCCAUGGAUGUGGACAACACAGAAAAGAGCGGCUACAUGAAGACUGAGCUCAUAUCUGUCUCACAAGUACAUCCGGCCCGACUGCAAGAGAAAUUGCUGCCCAUGUCGCCCGAUGACUACAGGUACUUGGAAUCGGUCAGUCGGGCAGAUCUCAAAGUGGUGACAGAGUUGGAGGAUCAAAACUGAGCUGCUCAGCCCUGCUUCCUUCCAGCAGACUACGUGUUAAUUCUUGAGAUUGACAAACAAGACACUCUCUUACUGUGUAUAUACAAUACAGGAUUCUAGAAAUGCGUGCAAAGAAAUGAGAAACGUUUCUCAUGCGGACGACGCACUGUGGUGACAUGGUGAACAUCGCAAUCACUGUUGAACAUAUGUAAAAGUUAAUGGAUUAUAUUAAAAAGUAUCACUCAAUUUAGUUUAUUACUAUUGAGCAAUGAAAGGUAGAGCUUCCUUAAUAGACUGGGUCUCUGAAUGGGCUUCUGAAAUGUGAAACCAGCUUGUUUGUUGGUGCACUUAGUCACUUGAAGGUCUUGUAAGAAGUGGCAAAACCUUUGUACACACACCAGUUACAUUAUUUUUGUCCUUGGUCAUAAUUUGUCAUUUUAGCAUGUCCCUCCUUAGUGUUUCGCUAACUACGCUGUGUGAAAUAAGUGGCGAAAUAUUGCUCGGUGUAAACAUUGUACACUUAUAGUAGACUUAUAGUCGCUGAACAUUAUAUAGUACAUGUCCCUUCACACUGUCAUUAUGUGGUAUUGAUAAAAAACUGUUAUCAGUUAAA